AAUUUUUGUGAUUUUUAGCAUAUUUAUUAUUAUUAUUUAUUUUUUUUAUUAUGUUACCGGUUCGAUCAGUUACCAAACGGUUGAACUAGUGACUCACUAAUCUGGUCCUUUUUCCCGGUUGAUGUCCAGGCCGGAUUUUAAAAUUAUGAUUUUAGCUAAUACUUACCUCCGGCACUAAACCAUCUUUGCCAAGCAUGUGUUAAAGCUCUACUGAUAAAUUUUAAGGCAAUAUUCAUUAUUUUUUUCUCUGGAUUUUUGUCCUUCGGAAUUUGAGACCAGUGAUCUUGACAAGAAUCUGGUCAACUCCUUCUCUUUUUCAUCUAGUUUUUAUUUUUAAUUUAUUACCGAAGAAGAAUAGUUCGAAAUUAUUUUUUGCAUGUUUAUCAUUGUCAGCAGCAGUAGGUUAUAAUUCCUUUUUACCUUAAGCCACGAUGAUAUAAUUUAAGUCAUAGUGUUCUCUUAAGGUAAUCCCUCCAUUACUGCUAAGUGAAAGGAUUUUGAAAUUUUAUCAGAAUACUAUAAAAGAGAUACAUCGUUUAGUUAGUCUAGUACUGUAGUUCUAUUCGUCCUUAGUUUUGGAACAUGUUAUUUAAUAUUUUGAAAAUUCCACUAACAAUUGACAUAUUCCGCCUAGAAGUUAACGAUGACUCAAACGGUCGAACAAAUCUCCUCAAGUAUAGACCAAGAGCUUGCUUGCCUAGCUCCUACACCAUCUGAGCGUUGCAUUUUCCGAGUGUGCGAUGAACUACGCGUUGAAAAUGAGAAAGCCUAUGAACCUAGAAUAAUCGCAAUUGGUCCUUAUCACCAUAGUACUAAGUACAAAUUGCAAGAGAUGGAAGAGCACAAAAUGCGGUACUUAAAGCUGUUGCUUCAACGGAGAAAUGAGACUAAUGUGGAUGAAUAUGUUAUGGCCUUGAGUGACAUGGAAGAGACGGCGAGAAAAUGUUAUGCAGAAUCUAUUAGCCUCAACAAAGCUGAGUUUGUGAAAAUGAUGCUUCUUGAUGGGGUAUUUGUCAUUGAAUUAUUUCGCAAGUGGAAUGCGAGGAGGAGUUAUAGAAAUGACCCUAUUCUACAAUUUUGGAGGAUUCUGGGGCCAAUAGUUUCACACGUUUCAGAUAUACCAGUGGAUGAUGUCAAGCAUCUACUUCACCUAGCACAUGGCAGUAUGUGCAUUUCAUUUGCUAAAAAAGUCAUGUCCUAUGGUGAGAUGAACAGAAACGAGAACUACAAAUUAGAGUUAAUAAAUACUAUCACAGAGCUCCAAAAGGGAGGAAUUGAAUUCAAGUUUCUUCCCGAUAUCUAUCGAAGAUAUGUCACUGAUUAUGCCACGUUUAUGGAUUGUCUUGUCAAUUCUCCAAAGGAUGCCGCAUUGCUUCGCUGUUCUAGAAUUAUUCAUAACCAUAUAGGUGAUGAUACUGCAGUUUGCAACAUGUUAAACAAGCUUCCCAACAAUGUCAUGCGCUCGGAAAACUUCUGUUACACUCAAGUUUUCAAAGAAGUGAAUAAGCAUUGUAAGAGGCCUUGCAACAAAUGGAUAGCAAACUUAAGGCGCAAUUAUUUCAACAGUCCAUGGGCGUUUAUUUCUGUUGUGGGUGCUAUUGUGCUCCUUCUACUCACUGUGGCACAGACUAUAUUUUCCGCGCUUUCCUAUUUCUAAAUGGAUUCCCAGUUUCAUUUGUUCCCUUCCCUCCCCACAACCCGGUCACUUGCAGCGGAAAUCAUGUGCGCGUUUGUGGUGUCAAAUAAUUUGUGAAACA